AUGUUGGAUCUGGUCAUAUCAGACAUUCAUUCCUUGGACAAAACCCAGGCAUUUGAGAUUCUGGCCCAAAUCACACGCGUCGAGAAGAAAACUUUCCCAGCCAAUGAGGCAUUCCCGUUUGGCGAGGAGCUCUGGCGCAAGAAGCCCAACACGAGGGUUUUGUAUGUGACCCGUCCAUCGCAAGGCACACAACCUUUGAUUGCUUAUGCCGUUUAUGUUCGGCAGAAAGGGGUUGCCUUGCUACACAAGGUCUGUGUAGUAGAGGCAUUCCGACGAGCAGGUGUUGGGAUGCAGCUUAUGGAGUAUAUUCGGAUCCGACUCCAAAAGGAGGGUUGCCAGCAUAUCCAGCUAUGGGUAGACAAAGCCCGAGAACCUGCCCGAUCUCUGUAUACACGGAAUGGCUUUGAGGAACGUGAAGAGAUCCUCGAUUACUAUGCUCCAGGGCGCACAGGGAUCAAGAUGGUCCUCGAUCUCCAACGUGGCACCUGA